ACCAAAUCUCACAGUUCGCUAUGGAGCCAUCUUUAUAAUCGAAGCAUGUGCCAUACCAAUGUGAAUAAUUGGAGCAAAAUUAUCAGUCACGAAAGACCGGGAACGAACGAAACGGCUCCAUCUCAACCAAGACACAUGGCUCGCCACUUGUCCCCGGCUUCAGAAAUUCCUCAAAAUUUAGUUCCUACUUUGGAAAGGAUCAAAAAUGACCGUCGAACCAUACCGAAUGAUGUGUCGUCAAAGAAGUAGCCUUGUCCUUGGUGAGUGGUAUAUUAUUGAAGCAGAGAUUAUUCAAGCCAUGGCUAUCUGAAGAACAUUCGGGACCGGUGUUGAGAUAUCUGUUUGGUACAUUUGCACAGUCGAGUGCUCCACCAAGCGAUUCGCUCUUUCCUGCAGCUGUGGACGUCCUCGUGGAAAGAUGGUAACGGGAAUUGGGUUGAGAUGGGAUCUGAGCUUCAUCUCUCCCGAGGCCGACUCGUUCGUACCUUCCUCUGUAUGUCUAGGGAAAAAUUGUGAUCAGAUAAGUGCCACAUUGAUAUCAACCCUCCAAGGAUAGUUGAAGACUCCUCAGCACUCAGUAUUUAUCAACAUCCCAUUAGGCGUAGGCAAACAUCAUUCUUAUACCUUAUACGCGGUUUCACUUCCAGUGAAACAUCAGUUAUCAAAGGCUGUCGCAAUCGAAUAUAUCCAGAAAGCCAUCAAUCACUCGUUUAAGAUUAUCUCUCAACAUGGCCAAUCCUCCAUUCUCGACAUACUACUCAGCAAAGGACAUUCCAGAUAAAGGUAGAGGGCUGUUUGCGAAGCAAGAUCUUCCCGUUGGGUUUCUACUAUUCGAAGAUGAGCCACUCUUCACGCCAAGCACUCUGUUGAAAGACAUAGGAAACAAUUUGGGCUUCUGUUGCUGCUCAAACUUACAGAUAAGAGCAAUCCCUGAUGUAAACUGGCGAUUGGCCUUUCGGGGCCUCCAAAAUGCGUUUGCGGACUUCCCCAAUGCCAAGUGCCACGAAUUAGGAAUCUACAAGACCAACUGUGUACGAACAGAAGAUGACAAGGAGACUGUGUUCCGGAUAUUGAGCCUCAUGAACCACAGCUGUACACCCAACGCUUUCUAUUCCUUCCACAAAGGCUCCCAAAAAGCUCGUGUGCACAUCAUCCGGACCAUACUUGCAGGCGAAGAAAUAACCCGUGACUACGGCACACUUUCAGAGCUUAAUCGUCGUCUAUCGUUGAGAGAAAUGUACAACAUCCACUGCGAUUGUCCCACCUGCAUGCACGGAUUCAGGGUCUCCCCGCACAGCUUGCAUUUCGAUUUCUACAAACUAUUGACAGGAUUCAAGUCUAGUCGAAUUCUGCCGGAUCAGCCACGCCGAAGAUACGGUCUAUUAGGUCUUAAGACCAUGAUGCUACUGAGAGACGGCAUCUGCGAUGGCAGGUUGAGCAAGGUAAUCGAAGAGGCAUUUCAGAUCGCCGCUGGGCAAGAUGAUUUGCGGAGAGCUCGGGUUUGGCAAAAUGGCUUCUACACCGACAGAUGA